CUCGCUAAUGCAUAUCAAGAACUUGGAAGGGAGCUGGGUUCGGAGAAGAUACGUGUUGUCGGCAAUUAUACCCUUGGGAAAGUGAUUGGUGAAGGCUCGCACUUCCUUUGCACGUAUGGAAAGGUUCGACUGGGAACGCACCGAAUCACGUCGACGAGGGUUGCAAUCAAGCAGAUACCAAAAGCGAUGUCGGCCCAACUCACACGCGAGAUCCACCACCAUCGUCAACUCCACCACCCACACGUAACCCAGUUGUACGAAGUCAUCGCUACCGAGUCGUCCAUCUGGCUCGUGACAGAACUCUGCACGGGAGGUGAACUGUUCGAUUAUUUGGUCGAGAAGGGCCGCUUGUCCGAAAGGGAAACAAGGAUGCUUUUCGGCCAGCUUUGCCUCGCAGUGGAAUACAUUCACGAAAAGGGGGUGGUACACAGGGACUUGAAGCUUGAAAACGUCCUGUUGGAUGAAUAUUGUCAUGUGAAACUUGGUGACUUUGGUUUCACCCGUGAGUAUGAAGCCGGACGCCUGCUUGACACGUUCUGUGGUACGACUGGAUAUGCUUCUCCGGAGAUGCUCCUAGGCAAUAAGUACUCAGGAAGAGAGGUCGAUAUCUGGUCCUUGGGCGUCAUUUUAUACUCCCUUCUCUGCGGAGGGUUGCCAUUCGACGACGACGAUGAAAUAAUCAUGCGAAACAGAGUUAUUCAUGGCGUUUACCCCGAGCCCGACUGGCUUAGCGAAGACGCCAGAGACCUAAUCCGACAUAUUCUUGUGAAGAAACCCGAAGCUCGCUAUUCUGUGAAACAGAUUCUCUCGCAUCGUUGGUUC